CUCUCUAUCUCUCUCCUCCUCUCUCACAGAGAUCCAAACAAACAGAAGAGAGAGAAAACACAAAGAAGGUGGUGUGAGAGUGAGUGGGAAUAAUACUGUUGGUUUUUUUUUGUUUCUUCUAGAGAGAGAAAGUAACCACCCCACAAAAAAAAAAUUAAAUUUUUAUUAUACCCUUUUGCACAAUUAUUAUUUUUCCCCAAAAAAAAUGGUGUCGGACCAAGAGAUAGCAGAAGGGUUGGAAGCUUUGUUUCGUGAAACAAACCCUAAUUCAUUCAAUUCACUGAAUGAAGUAAUAAUUCGAUUGCAAUCAAAAUUAGGGUUUGAUCUUUCCAACAAAAUCGAUUUCAUUCGUGCGCACAUCAAUUUCCUCUUUAAUACUCCUCCUCCGGCGCCACCGCAGGUGGUAAUUCCGCGCGCGCAUCCCCAAUCGAUAAACCCUAACCCUAAUUUGAACCCUAAUUCAAACCCUAAUGUUCAUGUGAAUUUGAAUGUUGUUCAUUCUCAACAUAGGGUUUAUCAUCACCCACCUCCACCUUCGGCGCAUUCUUACUUUCCGAGGGGACCCACUGAAAUUAGUUUUGCUCAGCCUGGUAGUGGGACUGUUGUUGCUGAAUCUCUCUCCUCACCACCUGCUAAAGAAAGUACCCAAACUCGCCCAAAAAGGAGAGGAGGUCCAGGAGGACUGAAUAAACUUUGUGGUGUUUCACCCCAGCUUGAGGCAAUUGUUGGCCAACCAGCUUUGCCGAGAACAGAGAUUGUGAAGCAGCUUUGGGCCUAUAUAAGGAAGAACAAUCUCCAAGAUCCUAGUAACAAAAGAAAGAUAAUUUGCAAUGACGAGCUACGAUUGGUCUUUGAAGUUGACUGUACAGACAUGUUUCAGAUGAACAAGUUGCUGGCAAAACAUAUUGUUCCCCUUGAUCCCUCAAAGGUUCCAGAACAACCAUCCAAGAAAGCAAAGGUGGAAGAAUCUGAAGCUCCAACCACAGCUCCUGCUGCCCCUGCUCCCCCUGCUGCCCCUGCUGCUCCUGCUCCUGCUCCUACUCCUACUCCUGCUGCCCCUGUUGCUCCUGCCUCCACUGCUGCUCCUGCUCCUGCUCCUGCUCCUAUUAUAAUCUCUGAAGCACUGGCAAAAUUCUUUGGUACGAGUGAGAAGGAAAUGCCUCAAUCUGAGGUGUAUAAGCGUAUUGAAGAGUACAUUAAGGCAGAAGGCUUGGAGGAUCCUUUGAACUCAAUGGUCAUGUGUGAUACAAAGCUUCAAGAACUUUUGGGAUGUGAGAGUAUUACUGCUCCUGGGAUUCGUGAAGCUUUAGCCCGUAAUCAUCUUUUUUCGCGAGCAUGAUGUAAUUUGGUGUUUGAUGUAAUUGCGAUCUAAUUGACAUGGGCUGGAUAUGUUCUUAGCAAACAGUAGCUUGAGCAAAUCUUUCUGGACAGUAUUGUAAGUUAUUAGUAGGGAGAUGACUGUAAUUAGGUGCAGGGUUUAACUAAUGUAGGUAAGUAAAGCCACAGGUAGGGUUCGUUAUCCAUAUGAUGCUGUUUAUUUGUUAUUCUGUAGAGAUGCACUCUGACUAUGAUGGAGUUUUCUAACCUGUAGGAACUCGUAGAUGUUAUGUUAUUAUGAACCUUCUUUAGAAAGCUUUGUACAAGAUUCUAGCGAUUUCUUGCCUCGUGAACAGUUUACUAUCAUAUCAAUUCUAGCUUUCUUUUAAUGUUGCA